ACCAAUUGGUGGCGAGAUGAGGGAGUUGAGCCUGUACCUCUUCCUCCUCGCAGGAGUGGCGGGUCACACCGGUGCGCAGCUGGACUUCCUGCAGGAGCUGCAGAGCUCCACGGGCGUGCGAGAGCGGGUGAUGUCGCGCCUUUUCAACACGGAUGCGUACGCCUCCUUCAACGCCUCCUUCAAGGACCUGCUGGCAAGCGGCCACCUGAGCUUCCUGUCGGUGGAAGAGGCAAGAGCCCUGCCAUCAAACUUGUGGCGCAUGUACGGGGCGUUUUCCCUACUCACGCUGAGGAAUGACACGCGGGACUUGGUGACGCCGUAUUUGUCGCAGCGCGUCAGGGAUGAGAUGGACGUCCUGAGGAGAGUCAACGUCACCCUGCCCCAGGCCAUCGACAGGCUCAAGAGCUUGCUUGUGGACGUUAACGCACCACGUAUGGAAGUGGCUCUACUGCUGGAGAUGCUAGGGGACUCCGGGGACUGGACGCAGGAGAACAUCAUCAACCUGAAGCCCAUCCUCUUCCAACUGCCCAUCGCCAUGCUCACCAACCUACGCGACGCGCGCACCAUUGCCAUACUGUAUGAAGAAUUGAACCUAUGCAUGAACAACUCGGUCAACAAGUCAGCCUCGUGCCCGAGUCAGGCCGAGUCUAGGGGCGAGGGGACAACACCGCGCGCCCAGUACAUGCUGUCGCUGCGGGCGUGGCUCAUCGAGAAGACCUACGGCGACCCCAGCAACUGGGACCGCGACACCUUCGCCAAGAUGACCAACCUCAGCAUCCUGCCCGACGCUUUCUUCCUACGACUGCGUCCUGAAGUCCUACUGACGCGCAAGGAUGAGAUACUAACCAUGCUGCAAACAAAAGUACUGAAACUGCGAGCGUUAGGCCGCUACCUCGUCGAAAGGAUCUUCGAGGCCGAGAAAGUGAGGCGUGAGAAUAAUGACCUGCAGCCGCUCAUCUCGCAGCAGGAAGUCGACAGGAUCAAGGCCGUGAUCAGCCCGCUGCGCACCGCAGGCCUCAUGCAGUUCGUGUACGCCACCGACCUUCCCAAUGAGGUGCUAGACGCCGACGACAGACUCAUCCGCAACGAACUACGCUCAUUCACCACCGAUGCGCUGCAAGGCGGUUCCAUCGACGCAUUGGUGCUGGAAACCACCAUACAGAGCUUGUUCAGCUACCCGCAGCCCCUCACCAGUGAGCAAAUCCGAACACUUGGUAUGAGCCGCCUGGCGCUGACACCAGGUCGGGUGCUCAAACGUUCUCUCAUGAACUACACCAUGGACUACUCAGAGCUUAAAUGGCUCAUUACCGCCAUUCAGAACACUGCUGGCUCCACAUCACAGGCCAAGCUGAUGAUGAUCAGGACCGAAGUUUGGGCCGUGGGUGGAGGACGGCUGGCACUAGAGUACAUUCCUGAUGAGCUACUGAGCGCCAUUAGCAUGGAAUCCUUCGAAGACAGCUUUACAUCUGAUAGCAUUGAAAUGCUGAAACGUAGCAGCUAUGACACGGCCCAGACAGCUAUCCUUAUCUUAAACGUGGUUGCGUCAGAUCUACUGAAACUACUUUCCGGCAACACUAAGGAGAGAAUUCCAACCAAUAAUUACAACGACCGCAGUAAGGACGCCUUGAAGGAGUGGGCCCUCGGUAUGCUUCCCUCAUCCAAGUUGGGCUUAGCGAUGUCAGAAAAAGCUUUCAAGAACGGGGUAAAUAUGAACACCGACGCCAACGCGGCGAUGUUCCUGCAGGCGGUGGACGCCAGGAACAUACCGACCUCCAACAUCGUCCAGCAGCUCGAGUACAUGAAGGAUGGCUUCCCUACACGCCAAGCAUGCUACGUUCUCAAGGACCUCUUCGUGAACUACUCGGCGACGGAGAUGCUGACGCAGAGUGAGGAGGAGGUCUUCCAGCUCCUCACGCCCUCCGCCAUCGAGCGCAUGCCCAUCUGCGUCGUCGCCGCCUUCGGCCCUGAUCGACUUCGGCGCCUGGAUGGUGUCAGCAAAACAAUCCUGCUGGACCGCCUCGUCGCUAACAAGUGGAUGGCGCUUACCUACUCGUCCAUCAGCCGUGCUGCCCUGCUAACCAUCGUGGACGAGGGGCUCAAUGCUAAGGGCCGGCCAAGCUUGGUGACGGGGGCGGAGGUAAACACGUACAGGGGAAUUCUGUUAUUUUUUCCCACGGACCUGCUGAACGCUGUAACGGCGGAGGCCGCCCCUUUCGCAUUGGACGUCUUCAACUCAUUGGCAGCAAGCGCUCUGAUGCCGUGUCUUGAUGGAGGACGACGAGCGGCAAUCGCUAACCUCAUCACCAAGUACAAAGGGGAUGACCCGCAGACAUGGCGGAAUAUGUCUGGGCUGUGUUGCCUGCUGUACACGUUGCCGUCGGGGAAGCUGAGCCGCAUCCCCCGCGGGGCCCUCAUGUCCUGUCGGUGCCACAUCGCCGACCGCGCCCAGUACGCCCCAGAGGAAGAGGCCCGACAGAUGGAAUGCCGCAACAACCUCGGCGAGGACUACGACGACGAACUCUGGCAACGCGACAACGUGCGGCGCGUGCAGAUCUGGGCUACGCUUGACAUACUCGACCCUUACACCAUCCCCGGCUACAACCCCAGCGGGAGGAAGAAGAGAGCUGUGAGCGACGUCGCAUUGUGUGAUCGCGCUUCAGUAAGCGGAGCUGACGACAUCAGCAACAGUGAUAUUAGCGCCGCCUCCCCUGAUGACGUCAUAAUGUGCCUGCGCAGCCUCGGCCUUGGGCAGCUUGAUGACACCAAAGCUCAGCUACUAGCAAACAAAGUACGAGAUUCCCUACCCUCGAGGUCGUGGUCGUCCCUCACCAACCGUCAAAUGCGUUAUAUGAGGUACAUCAUGAAGGGCAUUCCUGCCAACGAAAUAAAUGAACUCCCUUCCCUCUCACCUUACGGCGAUUUCACUGACACGGUCGCUGUCUUGGGCAACGAGAAAAUGAUGUUCUCCGAAGAACAGCUCCGGGCGUACGCGGAAAAGGUGCUCACGACGUGGCGGCCCCUUGCCGACAUGACGGAUAAUCAACUGGCCAUGUUCAACCGCCUCCUGUGCGCCACCAACGCCUCGCUCAUUAACACCCUCAGUGUUAAACGCGUCGGAAAUGCGUUGGCUUAUCUCGGAGUAACCCUGGAAGGUUGCAGCAGGGAGAAGGUGUUGGCGCCUCUUGCUCUAAAAGCGAGGACUUACUACCCCAGCGUAUUGUCUAGAGCUCAGGUGCGGGAGAUGGGCGUGGUGUUUGCGGGGAUUGAAUCAGACAAAAUCGGAGGCCUCGAUCCAAGCUCAUUCACCGGCCUCACGUCCACCGCGAUGCGUGCUAUGACUGGCGACGCCAUCCGGGCAAUGAGUGCCUCGCAGCUGCGCAGUCUCUCUGCCACAACAGCAAUGGCUAUGAACGGUGCUAUCAGGGACAGCCUGUCUGAGGAACAGAAGGCCGCUCUUGCUGAGGCCAUGAUAGGCACUGGAGGUGCCUCCAGGCGAGGAUUGUCAAAUGCUGCUGCAUUACUGGCGCUUCUUCUUGUUGUCAUGGCUUUGUAAAUGGCAUCAUCAGCUCACCGACUCAAACAACAUAAUCUUCUUGAAGCCACUAUAUUCAGCACUUGCCAUAGUUCUCAGUUUGCAUCUUCUACGAUCACGAUUCUGACUUGUACGUGAUGACAAUAAUAUGAUUUUAAAAAAGUUGUAUGUUGGUAGCAGGGAACUUAAGUAGUAAUAUAGUUCGGUUUUAAAGUAUGAAAGUAAAAUUUAUUUAACUCUCAAUAAAGCUGCCUUGUUAUAUGUUAUUCAUCCAGGUAAUUCUUGGACAACCAAUUUUCGUUUUAAUAGUUGUUGUGGUGAAAGAUUAUCACUGAAGUGUCAUAACUUUAUAUUAGAAAUUUUUUAAAGUAAAGGUGCAACAGAGAUUUUGUUUAGCUGAAUAAAAUAUUGUUCUUUUGUACCAAUCGUUUCCGUCAUAUACGACUCCAAUGCUACUUAUAGUGUAGCAUCGAUUGUGUUUAAAAUAGGACCUCUUAUUUCAAAGCGUAUAUAUAACUGGACCAGGAAUUUUCUAAAUUUACCUCUGAUGGAAGUAUUAAUGUUCCAUGAAGUUGCUUAAAAGAAUGUAGUUAAUUAUAUACAUGCAACAAACGUGUCGUUGAUCAGAAAUUUUCCUGAUGUGUGACUGUAAUACAUCUAGAAUGAUGUCUAAGUUUUCUGGGGCCCGAGAAAAUUUAAAAUUGUCUCACUAUUACAUCUGACAGUGCCUCGUGGUCUAGAGGGACUAUAUAGUUAUAUCAUUCGCGCAUUACGUUUUAUUGCUCUAACGUCGAUUUAUGAAACCUGCUGAAGUCAGGGCUUAGCAGGUAUGUUAUUCAGUUUGUGAUAUAAGUUUGCCAAUACUAUCUCUAAAGAACAUAUAGUAAUUUUGCAUUAGUACUUUCAUAUGGUUUAAAUAUUCAAUAUUCAAAUAUUCAAGUGCUGGGCCUUCCGUCGGGUCGCUUCCUUUGAAUCAUUUCGGUGAAACGUUGAGACCACUUUGCGCUAGCAGUACAAAUAAACAUUACUUGCCAUAUAGUUCGAACUUUCUGAUGUAUAGUGAAUGAAUGAGAAAUAAAGGCUUUGACAGAUUUUGUGACGGCUAAGUAAAAUCUUGUAUUUUCUCUGUACGUACCUUUUUUGCUGCACUUACGGUUCAACUGAUCACACAUUUAUUCGAAGUUGGUCUCGUUAGUCCAUUAGGGUGAUGAAAUUAACCACGACAAUAAUCUAUUCAUAUAGACGACAAUAAUCUAUUGUUUCACAAUAAUCUAUUCAUUCGAUGAGUCAUUAUUUUUAUACAUUUGAGGUAAAUUAAUUCUAGGUUUUUCGCUCAAUUGGAAAUGAGGCAUAUUUCAUUCAAAUUUCCUGGUUGAUUAAAGAAUCACAAUUUUCCAAUUAGGCAUUGUAGAUAAGACGGACCUUCGUACACUUAAAAUAAAAUGAACUUCGUUGUUAAGAAAAAAAAAUUUUAAAUUUAAUCCUUAUUCGGAGCACAGUUCUUAAUCAGUUGUGUGCAAUUCAUAAUUUUGUAAAACCUCUGAUUUAAAUGCAUUAUUUUAUAGAAUUCCACAAGCGGUCAAAUUCAAAAAGUGUUUUACUUAAUAUUUACUUAAUAUUUUUUUACCUAAUAUUUAAUUGUGGAACUUAAUAUUUCAGUGUGGUAUUCAAGUGGUAUAGAUAAUUAUUUGCAGUUAAAGUUAAUUACAGUAAUAACACAUGCUCCUGUGUAGUGCAAUAUAUAUCAACAGACAUAUCAUCCUUUCUAGUUCGAAAUCGUUCGCGGUUGGGAUCAUUGUCUGACGGCGGGCAUGAGGCUCUGAUUUGAAAUAAACAUCUUGUCUCCGUGCAUUAUAAAAAUAUUAAAAUAAUGAAAUUGCUACGUAUUCUUUGCACCUCUAUUGAUUACUAAUAUUAUUUGAGUAUUUUAAGAACUUACGAAUAAUUAUGUGAUGUUUCAAUUUAUUUAUUGCAACUUUAUUUAUAUAAAGUAUUUAUUUAUUGCAGAAUUCAUUCAGAGAAAAAUCGAUUCAAAAUCUCUCGUGUUUAGAGUUUAACGCGUUUAAUUCAGAAGAUACAGACGGUGUAAUUAGUCUCAGUCGCACGGCGGAAUUAACAUUGUUGAAACAAAAAGUUUAAAUAUGCUAAUACGUCACUCACAACACGCGUGCCCAUCGAAAUAGAAUAGUUCACGCCUUAUAAAUGCCCACCAUUACUCUACAUCAACAAUCAGAAUAUUGCAUUAAUCAUCGCUCAACGAAAUAAACCUUUUGUCUUUAUUCACAUUUUAGUUCGCUGAAACGUUUUGUCGAUAUUUGAAGCACAAAUAUUCGGCAUAGCUGCGAUAAUUCUUUUAUGAUCUUUUCGCUAUCUUGUUCUUCUUUGCCGAAUCUCGUGUAUUUCGA